GGCGACUUUAGUACUUGAUCACUGUGCAACCCUCCGAUUGUCACUCACUGAGACAGGGACGAUUUUAUCCCAUGUAAGAAUCGAAUUUGAUAGACUUGGCAGCUGUUUUGAGAACUUAAGUCUCGAUAGUAUACAAUAAUUUGUAAAGCAUGCUCGUUUGAAAAAGGACUGUUGCCAACACCUGCUUGGAAAUUAUUUCAUUUUCUGAUUUGAAAUUCCGAAACUUUUUUGGUGGAACGAUGUGAAGAAGACUGGAUAGCGAUGCCAGAGCAGAGCAACGACUACAGAGUUGUGGUGUUCGGUGCUGGUGGCGUUGGUAAAAGUUCUCUAGUUUUGCGAUUUGUGAAAGGAACCUUUUGUGAAAUGUAUAUACCCACGGUAGAAGACACCUAUAGGCAGGUGAUCACGUGUAACAGGAAUAUAUAUACUCUUCAAAUAACAGACACUACAGGCAGUCACCAGUUUCCAGCAAUGCAGAGAUUGAAUACUGGUAAAGGACACGCUUUUAUUCUAGUCUACGCCAUCACCAGCAAGCAAAGUCUAGAAGAGCUUGCGCCAAUCUACGCUCUUAUAAGAGAAGUAAAGGGUAACCUUGAAGGUAUUCCCAUGAUGCUCGUUGGCAACAAGAACGAUGAGGAAGAAAACCGCGAAGUGCAAUACCAAGAUGGCAUGGCCCAAGCUCACAAAUGGAAUUGCAAUUUCAUGGAAACGUCAGCCAAGAACAACACCAACGUCAAAGAGAUGUUUCAAGAACUUCUGAACAUGGAAAAGUCUAGAAACGUCAGUCUCCAAAGCGAGAGACGAACUUUAGCCCAGUUCAGGAAAGACAAUUUGAAGGGCAAAUGCCUCAUGAUGUGACGUCACAUCGAUCUUUCGAGAAUUCCAUUAUACACUACUUAUUAGUGUUUCCCGAAUAAACUAAUUCAGUUUCAUAGACAUUAUUUAUUUUACAGAGAAAAAGAGAGAGAGAGAGAGA